GUACUCUGUUCAGAGCAGAAGCUCUCAAGGGUGUGAGAGACUUCAAACAAGGGCUGACAUCAUAUACGCCUAUUGAGGACAGGGAUAAUACACGUUCCGUUGUCGUGACGAAAAUAGCCUGAUCAUCUUCCUUCCUCUCCCCAUCCCUAUGCAACUCACGAUCACACCCCUCAAGUCCGCUGCUAUCCCGUCCGACGACGAAAUAAUAGCAGCAGGAGAGGCGCUUCUGGCAUCCACGACGUCGUGGAAGGAGGGAAAGACCUACCACAAGCAGGUCAAGACCGUGUCGCGCGGCAAGGAGCCUGGAGAUGGGGCGCCGUGGCACUGCCGAAUCAGCGUGCACAAGCCUGAGGAGGCUACAUUCGAGCAGAUGUGGGCCAAACUCGGCGAGGACAAGGCUAUCAACGAGAAAGAGUUUAUACCUGACAUCCACAAGGUCACCCAAGUGAAGGAGAUAUCUCCCACUCAGAAGAUCUGGACUCUGUACUACACGUUCUCUCCGCCCAUCAUCUCGCCCCGUGUCUUCACCGUCCUACAAACGACGCGACUGGAAGAAAGUAAACCGCGCACUGGGAUCAUCGUGUCGAUCCCCGUUGACUUGAGCGAGGACACAGAACUAAGUAAACUGGAGGAGAAAGGUGUGAAAGGAAGGUACGUCUCGGUCGAGCGACUGCUGGAGUUGGAGGAUGGGAGUCUGGAAUGGCGAAUGGCAACCUCAAGCACACCGGGAGGCAGCAUUCCAACGUAUUUCGUCGAGAAGAGCAUGGACUCGAAGAUAGCCGAGGAUGUUCCUCAUUUCAUGAAAUGGCUGUCGAGUCUCCCUAAGAGUGAUGUUGCUUAGACCAGUUCUAUGUAUCGCUCGACUGCAGAAUCAAUCAGUGCACAAUUCC